AUGAAACUGUACCACGCUAGGUGGAACAGUGAGGAAUGGGAGGCCAUUGACGACGAGGAAAAGGAAAUCGAUCUACAGAAUCUUCGAAUCAACACCAUUAAUAAUGACGAUACAAAUGAUGAAAAAGGAGAAGAGGAUUCGCAAGAAAAGCUUGCGGACGUUGGACAGGAUAAGCCCGUUUGGUUCCAAAAAAAGAGCGAACCUCCAGUUCCUCAAGAAAAGCCAGUUGAAGAUAAGCCAGAACCUCCUCCUUCCCCG